AUGGAAGCAGUCGUUGUAGACGCCGGUACCGAAUUUCUCAAAGCUGGCUUUGCUGUUCCGGACCAGCCCCCGACUAUGGCCGGCAUUUAUGAGGAACAGGUCAAACUUGCAAUGAAAAUGCCUAAUGUCUUCAUCGAUGGGGAUGGCAUUUCUGAGGAACAGAAAAAUAUCGUCGUCAAGUACACAUCUCAAGAUUUCUCCCUCGCCGUGUGUAGAUAUCAGCCAACCUCUCAUGACUUUAAGAAAAAAACUCAACAGAUUAGUAAGCGAUGUGCCGUUAACUACAUUUUAAUUUUCGGCCAACGGCUCUUCCGCAAAGCAGUGCAUUAUUCGGUAUGUCGUACUCAUUCGCGAAAGAUGGUGUCGGGUUGUAAACCCUCAGACAUAACUGCUGCCCGAGAUAUUGCCUUCCCCACCUUGCUGACCUCAGAUUCCACAUGCCUUGAUUGUCCAAAGACACUAAUAUGGCAGUCCAUGAUUUUGGAUAUACCUGCAAGAAGAAGGAAUAUUGAGCCAAUGAACUAA